GCAUUUAUUCAUCAUGUCCUCCGACUCGAAGAGUGUUCAGUGCUACGGCCGCAAGAAAACCGCCACUGCCGUUGCUCACUGCAAGGCCGGCAAGGGUCUUAUCCGCCUUAACGGAUCCCCCAUUGAGCUCGUCGAGCCCGAUAUCUUGAAGUUCAAGGUCUACGAGCCCAUCCUCCGUGUCGGCUCUGACAAGUUCGCCAACGUCGACAUCCGCAUCCGCGUCAAGGGUGGUGGACACACCUCCCAGAUCUAUGCUAUCCGUCAGGCUCUUGCCAAGUCCAUCGUCGCUUACUACCAGAAGUACGUCGAUGAGGCCUCCAAGAACGAGCUCAAGCAGAUCUUCCUCCAGUACGAUCGUACCCUCCUCGUCGCCGAUCCCCGUCGUUGCGAGCCCAAGAAGUUUGGUGGUGCUGGUGCCCGUGCCAGAUACCAGAAGUCUUACCGUUAAAUGUCGAGGGACUGGCGGGAUGUUCGACCUUUUUUUUGCGACCUGUUCAAGCUGGAGUUGUUUUGGACUUUUGUGCCAGCUCUUUAGUAGGCAGCAAUAUGGAUCGACCAUACACGAAUAAAUUCACAUCCGUAACUGUAGCAUUGGCCUCUGUCGUCUUUAUUUUCUCUAUUCUGUUCAUGCAGGGCAGUGAUUGCUCGGUACAACCUUUUGCCUCCGAUUUUGAGGUUCAGGAUAACAGAUGAGGUUGUCAGAAUAUUGCCUCGGAUACAGUACGCAACUGCUGAUGCCAGUUUUUAGACAGGAUAUGGGUAGCGCGAGGAAUGAAUAUGUUGCUGUGAGCACGCCUUACAUAAAGCACCUGC